UGAAUGUUUAUUUUCAACAGUUUGUUUUGUGUUAGCAUUAUGGGAAGUUGUUGAAAUUAGGGGUGGCGCUUUACCGUUUCUUUACAGUAAAGAAAAUGUGCCACCCCUAGUUGAAAUGCCAUUACGUUGUUUAGAUGAAUUUGAUGUAUUUAUGGGGUCCUGGUCCGGUCGCAAAAAUUGGGACAAGACUGGGCCAUACGGAGUCCUGCUACUUACCAUAAAUACAUCAAAUUCAUCUAAACAACGUAAUGGCAUUUCAACAACUUCCCAUAAUGCUAACACAAAACAAACUGUUGAAAAUAAACAUUCAUCCCCUGAUUAUGAGCGGAUAUCUUCAUGUACUUCAUCGCCAUGA